AACAAGGGAAAGGCAGGAGUCAUUCCCAGCUGCCUGCGUGACUUGUGCUCACAUGCCCGUAGCUGCUAAUUGGUGCUGCCUGCCUGCACGUGAGGCUAACUGAGCCACAGGCUAAACCUGGGCUCUUAUUGCUUUCCAUGAACACUUAACUCUAUGGCUCAGUAACACUAGUUGCUUGCACUCCGUGGCAUUACAGCAGUCAGCCAACACUGAGCAGAGCAGAUUUACCCGGCAGCUUGCAGUCCCCUACCUCCCAGCCUGCUGUGCUCAGAGGCAAGAAGGGUGAACAGGAGAGACUGCUGCUGUGGUUUGGGUAAGGAAUACGAGAUGAGGUGGGGUCUGCAUGGCUGGGCUGCUGAUGGUAAGAAGGAUCAUCAGUCAGUGGUCCUAGUAUGGGACAAAGAAGAGAAGGCUGAAGCACUGAGCUGAGGUCACAGCUUGGGAGAGCCAAGUUUACGGCAGAAGACACACCUUUCUCAUGUUUGUGCAAACCAGCUUUUGAAGAACAAAACCCAGUUCAACCUUUUGUAAUAAUUAAUCUUCCAACGUAAAUCCCAUUGCGUGCAAACUGCUAAACACAUGAAAUGUGCGGCAAGUCAAAAAGGGCAAAGGUAUCGUGAAAAAGCAUUGCCAAGUGGUGUAUUUGCGUAGGUGGAUCAUAGCUACAAAAGCUUGCGAACCACCCCUGGCCUCUCUCUCACUUGGGCUCCUGUCUGUUCAACUCCAAACAUGCUGGUGGCUGUGCUGCUCCCCUUCUUGUGCUGCCUGGGUACUGCUGCUGCUGGGAAGCUGCUGGUGAUCCCGAUGGAGGGCAGUCACUGGCUCAGCAUGAAGGAAGUGCUGAUUGAGCUGAGCAAGAGAGGGCAUGAAAUAAUUGUCAUGGCACCAGAGAUGAAAACGCUCGUAGAAUCUUCAGAGUGGUACACACUGAAAACAUACCCUAUACCUUUCAAACAGGAAGAGAUGGAAGAACUUCUGCAUUCACUUAUUGCAAACAGUUUUAAUGAGCAGCCUUUUAUUUCCAGAUUUUGGAAUAUUUGGGAGCUUUUUAAAAAGAGUUCUGCCGUCUUUGAAGCUGCUUGCAGUUCCCUACUGCACAACAAAGAGAUGAUGAAAUUUAUUGAAGAAGGCAAAUUUGAUGUACUAUUUACAGAUCCUGUGACACCGUGUGGACAAAUAAUUGCUUUGCAUUUUUCUAUUCCUACUGCUUUCUUCUUGCGGGCUAUUCCAUGUGCUAUAGACAUUCACGCCGCUCAGAGUCCAGACCCACCAUCCUACGUCCCACGAAUGUUCUCCCUCAAUACAGACCAUAUGACAUUUCCUCAGAGAGUCAAGAAUGUACUGAUCACCAUUUCAGAGGCUUUCACCUGCAGAAUUAUCUUCUCACCAUUCGAAAGACUGGCCUCAGACUUUCUGCAAAAGCCAAUCACAGUUACAGAGCUUUUAAGCCAUGGAUCCAUUUGGCUGAAGAGACUUGACUUUGUCUUUGACUAUCCCACACCCAUGAUGCCCAAUAUGAUUUUCAUUGGAGGCAUAAACUGUGGACGGAAGAAGCCGUUAUCUCAGGAAUUCGAAGCCAUCGUGAAUGCUUCUGGAGAGCACGGCAUUGUUGUCUUCUCACUGGGCUCCAUGGUCUCUGACAUUCCUAUGAACAAAGCCAGAGAAAUCGCAGAUGCUUUGGGAUCAGUCCCUCAGACGGUUUUGUGGCGAUACACAGGAGAGGUGCCCUCCAACCUGCCGAAGAAUGUAAAGCUUGUCAAAUGGCUGCCACAGAAUGAUCUUCUAGCUCACCCUAAGACUCGUGCCUUUAUUACCCACGGAGGCUCACAUGGUGUUUAUGAGGGUAUAUGCAAUGCAGUGCCAAUGGUACUAAUGCCUUUGUUUGGAGACCAGAUGGACAACGCGAAGCGAGUAGAGUCACGGGGAGCAGGACUGACACUGAAUAUACUUGAAAUGACCUCAGAAGACAUGUCUAACGCCUUGAAAACAGUUAUUAAUGAUAAAAAGUACAAGGAGAACAUCAAGCGUCUCUCAGAACUUCACCUCGACAGGCCCAUCCACCCUCUGGACCUGGCCGUGCACUGGGUGGAGUUCGUCAUGAGACACAAAGGAGCUCCACACCUGCGACCUGCUGCUCAUGACCUGAACUGGAUCCAGUAUCACUCCCUGGAUGUCAUCGCCUUCCUCCUGGCCGUGGUGUUCCUCUCUCUCUUUAUUUCUCUGAAGUGCUGCAUGUUCUGCUGCCGCAGGUGCUGCUUUAAGAAGGGAAGAACAAGCAAGCCAACCAAAUCAAAGUCCCACUAGUGGAUGAAAACAGUGGUGGGAGACAAGACCUCUGCUCCAGACCAGAAGGAUCAGAGAACAUCUCAAAUUUCACUAAAAUAAUUACUGGUUUCCAAUCAGGAAAUAAUAUCAUUCUUUUAAACUAGUGCCGCAGGAAGAGUUGUUUCAUUGAUAUAAUUUUUAUCUUUAAUUAAGAAUUAGUUUUUUUAAAAUAAUGUGUAUAAUAGUACUUCAGUCACUUGGGAAGAUACUGUUGUGAAGUCCAAGGCUCCUGGCUUCCACUUCUUGGUGUACAGAGGACUCAUGGUGACAUUUUUUUAACCUCUAUUUGUAAGGGAGACAUACAGGGAUUUUUCACAAGCCCUUUCCCUUCAUAAGGGCUUUGGGAGAACCACUUGCUCUAGUGUAAGACUGUCAGGUUUAUCAAGCACUUUGAAAUCCUUCUACAGCUGUUGUUAUAGAAGAGGCAAAUGUUGUAAUCUGACAUUAUGUGUCACAUAAGCCAAGCUAGAUGCACAUCUUAAAUGGGCUUUGUGUGUGUUUACAAUACCCUGAGCUUGAUUAAGGCUUCAGCAUGAAAGUGGUUUUAAAGCCACUGGUGUUUCACCAAGUUGACCAGAGUUCUGUAUCUGGAGCUUACCAGUUGGGUGAUGUGAUCUGUGGAAGUAUUUUUAAAAACCCAUCUGAUUUUGUAAAUGAUGCUAAAGACCCAAACCUCAGCCCUAUAAAUAAAUCCCCACUACUAACAAUAAUGGUCCAUGUGUUUUCUGGCUUGA